GCACGCCCCUCCAGCCGAGGACCCCAGUGCGCAGUCGCAGGCCGGGAGAACACCGCAUCCUCCAAUCGUUGGGCAUCCUCCCGCCUCUAGGCGCCCGCCCGCUUCCCCAUGAAUGAACAUUGACGUCAAUGGGGCGGGGCAAUCCCACGUGACACUGCGCGCUCCCGUUUAUAAGGCGGCAGCGGCGCGGGCGCUGUCCAGCGUGCUGAAGCCGGAGCGAGCGAGCCGCCCGGACCCAGCUGAGCCCAGCCCACUGGACGCCAGACCUCGACCAUCGGUCCUAUCCUAGCCACCUCUCGGAGCCGAGGCGGAAGCGUUCCGACCUUCCCUGUCCCCACCCCGCCUCGACCCUCCUCUCCACCUCCUGCGUCGUGACACCAGCUGUCUCCGACCGUCCCCUGGUCAUGAAAUCGCUCAGGUUGCCAGUUUCCGCCCUCUUCUGCUUCCUUCUACUGAUUAAGGGGCUGGGAGGAGCGCCCCCCGGGCGCCUUGAGGCACAGUCACCUCCCCUCAGCUCUGAGCAUAAAGAAUCCGUAGCUGGGGACGCAGUGCCCGGGCUGAAGGAUGGCCGCACCCCAGAGGUCCGAGCCGCUCGAAAUUCAGAGCCGCAGGACGAGGGAGAGCUUUUCCAGGGUGUGGAUCCCCGGGCGCUGGCCGCGGUGCUGUUACAGGCACUUGACCGCCCGGCCUCGCCCCCGGCGCCAGGCGGCUCCCAACUGAAGCCAGCGGAAGAAGCAGCAGAAGCUCUGUUAACUGAGACCGUGAGAAGCCAGACCCACAGCCUCCCAGCGCCAGAGACUCAUGCGCCCGCGGCCCCGCCUCGCCCUCAGACUCAGGAGAACGGUCCCGAGGCGAGCGACCCGUCCGAGGAGCUCGAGGCGCUGGCUGCCCUGCUCCAGGAACUGAGAGAUUUCAGUCCGAGCAGCGCCAAGCGCCAGCAGGAGACCGCAGCCGCAGAGACGGAAACUCGCACGCACACGCUGACCCGAGUCAACCUGGAGAGCCCCGGGCCCGAGCGCGUGUGGCGCGCUUCCUGGGGAGAGUUCCAGGCGCGUGUCCCGGAGCGCGCGCCCCUGCCACCCCCGGCUUCCCAGCAAUUCCAGGUUCAGAUGCCCGAGAGCCGCCCCCUUCCCGAAGCCCACCAGUUCGGGGAAAAAGUGCCUUCCCCCAAAACACACCUAGGCGACGCAUUGGCACCCCUGUCCAAGGCGUACCAAAGUCUGGGCACCCCCUUCCCCAAGGCGCGCCGGCCGGAGAGCUCACUCCUGAGCGGCUCCGAGGCGGGGGAGCGCCUUCUACAGCAAGGUCUGGCUCAGGUAGAGGCAGGGAGGCGGCAGGCGGAGGCCACCCGGCAGGCCGCGGCGCAAGAAGAGCGGCUGGCGGACCUGGCUUCGGACCUGCUACUCCAGUAUUUGCUACAGGGUGGGGCCCGGCAACGCAGCCUGGGGGGUCGGGGGCUGCAGCCGGAGAAGGAGCGAGAGAGCGAGAGGGAGGAGGAGGAGGUGGAGCAGGAGAGACGCGGCGGUGAGGAGAGGGUGGGGGAAGAGGACGAGGAGGCGGCGGAGGCGGAGGCGGAGGCGGAGGAGGCGGAGAGGGCGCGGCAGAACGCGUUACUGUUCGCCGAGGAGGAGGAGGACGGGGAAGCCGCCGCCGAAGACAAGCGGUCCCAGGAGGAGAUGCCUGGCCACCGUCGGCAGGACGCCGAGCGGGCCGAGGUGGGCGGAGAGGAGGAAGACGACGACGAAGAGAUGGACCCACAGACCAUCGAUAGCCUCAUUGAGCUGUCCACCAAACUCCACCUGCCAGCGGAUGACGUGGUCAGCAUCAUCGAGGAGGUGGAGGAGAAGCGGAAGCGGAAG